AUUCCCGUCCAGACACCGGAGAGCUCGCAGAUCUCGAAUGGCAGCCGAGGCAGUAAGAGACACAUAGGGAAUCCCCGAGCGUCUCCGCAACGAUACCGACCCGGUUCAUCCACUGUGCUGGUUUCAAUGCACGUUUUCAUCGGCAUGGCACGGAGACGCGUUUGAGGCGCUCUUCGGACCGGACCGUCGGUGCUGCGGAUCGCCAGCAGCAAUAAAGACUAUAAUAAAGACAGGAUUUAAUUUUUGCGUUCUGGACGUGUUUCCCACUCAUGAGGCAGCCACCAAGUGAGUUUGACAGUAUGGCACUGAGCAGCACGCUUUUGCCCUCGAUAUCCACUUUUGCGAGCGGAGCUGAUGUGAAGCACAAGGCCAUGAUGGGACCUGGAACCAGUUUAAGAUGGAAGGAGGAGAUGUCUCAAUUGAAACGCCCCUGCAUGCCUACAGGUGGGACCGGCACUGACCUGGACGUCCCCUUAGCAAUGGCCAAGAUGGAGCCGGAGGAGCUGGAUCUGUUGGACUAUGACUUCAUCCUGUCAAACAGCAUGCUGCAGCAGCAACAGCAACAGGCCUCCAUGGCCAGCAGCUCCAGAACUCUUCCCCCCUCCCCUACGUCCUACACCUACCAGAUGCCCUCUCCUCAGGGCCCAGAGACCAAUAUGCUGUACAACAUCCCGGAUAUCAGUGACGUAUCUCCCUCUGGAGGUUUUGUCGCUGAACUGAUGAGGCCAGAGCUGGACCCUGCUUACCUCCAGCACACGAGCCUCCACGGCAAAUUUGUGGUGAAGACCACCAUGGACAUGACAGACUAUAGCCAAGUGGUUAGCGUUAGUAUGGCAGGCUCCAUCUCGGACACUUCCUCUCUGCCAUUUUCGUGUGUUAAAAUAAAGCAGGAAUGUCCCAGCACCUGCACCAUUGCCCGGCCCAUGGACAUCCACCUGGGGGUGAACUCACGGCCCGCAGGGAGUCAGAGACCCCUGCUGGACACUCACGGUUUCCCACCGGGGCGAGGAGCCAUAGGGCCCAGCCGCUCUUCCACUUCCUCUCUGUCUCCGGACGAGCAUCCUCAGGCGCUAGGACCCCCUCCACUGCCCCUGGCCCAGGGAUACCACCCCUCCCCAGGUUAUUCCGGCUUCCCGCAGCCUCCUGCACAGUCCCUGCAGUACCAAGAGCUGAUUUCUCCAGCCGAGUGUUUGCCAGAAGAGUCCAAGCCCAAGCGGGGUCGACGGACCUGGCCGAGGAAGCGGAUAGCCACACACACAUGCGAUUACGCAGGCUGUGGCAAAACCUACACCAAGAGCUCGCACCUCAAAGCCCACCACAGAACCCACACAGGAGAAAAGCCGUAUCACUGUGACUGGGAAGGAUGUGGCUGGAAAUUUGCCCGUUCCGACGAGCUCACGAGGCACUACAGGAAGCACACGGGGCAUCGGCCCUUUCAGUGCCAGAAAUGCGACAGAGCCUUCUCGCGGUCCGACCACCUCGCACUGCACAUGAAACGGCACCUAUAACCAAAACUUGGAAGAGCCAAAAGAGAAGAUACUAGUGGACUAGUGACCCAAGCGUUGCCUUCGAAAAAGAGCGCCUGUGCCGUCCACAGCUUCAGGGUUGGGACUUUUCAGUUUUUUCUUUUUACCUGUUACGUCACGUUGUCUUCCAACGUGCCGGUGAUCCAAGAGGCCAUGUCCAUGUCCUGCACACUGGGAUGUUACUGGAACGUGCAUCUACUUACCGACAAGACUUGGUGAUGCCGAGUGCCAAACUAAAGACUGGAAAUAUAUGAAUAUCAGGGAUAUAUGGAACAAUUACGAGAACAUGUGUAUUAAAACAGAACAACCGUGGCCUUAAAUCGACCUACAUUCCAUCACUCACCUCUCAAACACUGAUCCAUCUCAAUCUAAAGUCAUUAAUUUCAGGUACAGAGUAAUUUAUAAGUGUGGUGUGGAGUAUAGUCAGGUGUUUUCAGUAAUGUACCAAAGAUAAAAGUGGAUUUUAAUAAAAGCCUGUAAGUCUUUGUGGUUGUAAACCUCACACGGGACGGGGCGACCACAUGACCUCUCUUUGGUGAUGGCAAUCUAAACUGCACUGUGGUUGCAAUAAUUUUGAUAUGUAAAACACUCAUAUUUUUAUAUAAGAAACCAACAAACGACUCUGAACAAUGUUUUUGUUUAUAGUCAGAUUAAUGUAAUAUAAUCUUACAUUUUGUACAUUUGUAAAUACUCCUUUCAUUCAUGUUUUUGUAUUUUAUUAAUGCAAUCCAGUGUAAACCAUCAAAUAAAAUGUAUUUGAGAUUUGAGCGUC